AUGUCGUCGCGUGCCACCACUGCUCUAGUCCUCUCUCUGGGAGCGUCGUUGGCGCUGGGUAACCUCCAAUGUGUCAACGACGAUAGCCUCGCUGCAGCCGAGCUCCCAAAUAUCUCCCUCCCCGCAUACGUUAAGCGGCAGGACGCGCCAAAGUCGGUUGAUGUGUAUUUCCACAUCACCAGCACGGAGGCGAACAAGGACAGAAUCACCGACGCCGUCGUCGAUGCCCAGUUCGAGGUCCUGCACUCAACCUACCUCCGCCACGGCUUCGAGCUAAACCUCGUCAACGUCUCCCGAAUCGUUGACAAUAUCGCAGGAAAGGGCUUCUACGCCGAGGACGGCCCCGGCAUCCCCGACUUUGACGGCUACCUCGCCUGGCGCACACAGACCCGCCGUGGCGCCUACGACGCGCUCAACGUCUACUUCUUCUCGGACCUCAACCCGGCUGUCGGGGGCGCAUGUAACCUUGCCGGCGUAGUCCAGGACGGCAGCCAGCAGUUCUAUCUCGACGGCUGCUUCGUCAACGGCGACACCAUGCCCGGGUUGUACCCCCGCACCGGCAACGACACCGUCCCUCGCAAGGGACAUAUUGCGGUUCACGAAGUUGGGCACUGGUUCGGUUUGUUCCAUACGUUCCAUGGACGGUUCUGUGAUGGCAUCAACGACCAGGUUGCGGAUACGCCUGCGCAGGCCGGCGCGAGUUCAGGGUGCCCUAUUGGGAGGAACUCGUGCCCUGAUUCUCCUGGUUUGGACCCCAUUCACAACUUUAUGGACUACUCGGAUGAUACCUGCACGACUGAGUUCACUCCUGGCCAGGAGGCGAGAAUGCACCAGCAGUUUGACGUCUACAGGAGAUGGCAGGGCUGA